GAAGCCAGGAAGUUAUUUGCGUGUCAGAGGGUGCGAUUCCUAGGGAGGAAGCGUCACCGAACAAUUUAACAAAGUUUUAAAGAGAAUGGCGGACAAGACGGUAGACGGAGAGCCAUGGACGGGGUGUGUGGUCAUGUUUCUGCAGUCUCACUGUCCCGGUGUGGACCUGCUGGCUCUCUUCAAAGACGAACGGGAAAAGUUCAACGUUUACAAAGUCAUCAAACUGACUCUCUCAGAUUCUGCAGGAGGUCUGGGUGGCUACGAGAUCCUAAAGGUCCAUGAUGCUGAGCCCUUCCUGGGGGUGGAGAUGAAGUUUGUGAAUUUGGCAGCCUGCCAGCAGUUCCUGGAGUGCUACAGCUCUGGAGCGGUGCGUCAGUCCCUCUCCCAACACGCCUGCCGGCUCCUUGCUCUGACUCAGGAGUUCACGGUGGAAACCCAGCUGAAGGCCAGCACACACAUCCUGGAUCGGUGUCUGGGCGAGCUGGAGGUCUGCCUACAGCACAUCCACCUUUCACAGCCGGAGCGCCUGCGCGACGAGGAGAUUGAUCAUUUGGAGGAUAAGCUGAAGAGUCAAGCUCUUGGUUCGCUUCCUCAGCCCACGGCCAUCACACAGGAGGAGUCUCCUGUCCCCAGCAACUGCUUCACAUUUCAAAACAGAGUGUUCGAGGACCGAAUGCUGACAGCUGCAGAUGUACAGAGCUUUUCCAACGGAGUGGGCCGUCAGUGGAAGCACGUAGGGAGGGCCCUGGGCAAGAGCUGCCGCGCUCUGAAGGGCCCGGCCAUAGACAACCUGGCCUACGAGUAUGAGAGAGAAGGGCUGUAUGAGCAAGCCUAUCAGCUGCUCAGCCGCUUCAUCCAGGCAGAGGGGAGAGCCGCCAAGCUGAGCCGACUGAUCAAAGCUCUGGAGGACAGCAAACUCACCAGCCUGGCUGAAAAUAUUCUGGAGAUACAACCCAGAGAGUAGCUGGGUGUUCAAGUCGUGAAAACUGAGGGGACAGGUCCUCUGCAGGACGAGCUGGGGUGUCAUCCCGCCUGCUUUUACGUACAUGCGUGGUUGUUUCUGUCUGAUGUCUGUUUUUCCUUACGUUAAAAUCAUUCCCCGAGUGCGCGUGUUUGUGUGUGUGCGUGUGCACGCGUGUGUUCGCACAGGUUGUGUGAGCACAUGCCAAAAUCUGUGAAAGUUGAAUGAUUCAUAUCAGGAUUUGUUUAUCAGUCAUUAGUAUUACCGAUUGUUUUUAUCAUUUCUGAGAUAAUCUGUCAUCACUGUUAAAAGAAUGUGCCGUCAGGGGUUUAAUGCACUGUUUAAACAUUUUUCAUCACAUGCCUCUUUGAUUUCUGCUUUACAAGUCCAUUUCCAGAUGAAACAUGUUGCCUCUUGUUUCUAAUCACUGCACAACUGAAGGUUAUUGAUUUUUUUCUAUAAAAUGGGUCCUUGCAAAUUAAAUGGUUGUGAAAAAACGGCUCAUGUUUGUGUUUGAUGCAUUAGUGUAAUUAAAACUGA